GCUCAGCUCCGCCCCUCUGACGCGCAGCCGCCUGCGCAGCUCCUCUGGGUGUCUCUUCUUUCCACUUUCCGACAAGUGGAGCUACACGGCAGAGGUCAGACGUAGUGCAAGCGAAGUGUAACCGGUCCUGUGAGUCAGGUCUAUCCAAGCCACACGAAGAAGUCCGGACGGGGGAGACAUGGAGGAGACGGGCGGUGCGACCGCGUAUGGGGCUUCACUCGCGGGAGGAGGCUUCGACGUCAACAAGUUUGUCCGACAGCCGCAAACUAUUGUGCGGUUUCUCAGCUGGGUAAGUGGAGACAGUGAAAAGUGAUAAUUAAUCUCUAAAUACAUUUGUGAAGGGUCGAACAAGGCGGUAGGAAUAUUCAACGUGGAAAUGGGCAACAGGUGCGCCUGGCCUCGUGCCUGCAAUGUACUUCGCGAGCGGUGAAAUGAUCCGUUUUCACAUUCAGCCUUCUGGAGGGAGCAGCGAGCCGCCGCCGCAGCAGCAGCGUCCCUGCGGAGCGUCAAGUUGCACACAGCUGGUGUGUGACAGCAGCGCGGCGACAGGACAGGUCAACACCAGUGUCAGGACAAAGAGAGAGUCAGGCACACUGAGACGUCGAUUUAUAUGUACAAAACUUCAUAAAGUAAACACAUUAGAGAGUCUAUUUAUGUUAAUUAAUCAUCAUAUGAAGGCUAUGUUUAUUUUAAUGAGUAGACCCUUACCAUAGCUCUCAGUAGGCAACAGGUAAAUAAAGGAAUUUAGAGGGAUAUUCAGGGGUAAGAUUAGUUUAAGGUCAAACACACCAUAACACCGAGUUAGACACCCCCUCAACAGAUAAAUGUUGCUGACUACUUGCUUCUCUAGUUAUGAGUAAUGACCGCACGAUAGCAAUACACAGCGUUUUGAGGAGCCAUAAACAAACCUCAACCAAAACGCCACUCUAUAGCCCCAAAUAAUGCUCAGAACAGCACCCAACUUCAUCAACAGUACAUAUAGGGUCCCAGUCAUAGUACUAGCCACUAAUCAUCUUUUUAACUUUGCCCAAUUUCUUUCGCAAAGAGACUAAACACAGCUCACCUACUCUCUUCUAGCAGCCGCUUGUUUGUAGUGAGACCUCAGGCCAGUCCAUUACGGACUGACGCAGCUUAAGGAAGAACAUUUAUGAUCAUUUCUGUAUCAUUUCCUUGAAGUAAUAAUCACCAUAUUAAUUAUUUUCCACUGCAGACGUGAUAGUUCUUCUGCCUUAGGGUCUAGGUCUGACUGCAUCUGCAUGAAGAAAUGAUCAUAAAAUGUUCUUCCUUGCGCUGUGACAUCCCGCUGUAGUCUGUCAAGGACCGGCCUGAGGUCUCGCUUCAAAUACGCGGCUGCUAGAGGAGACUGGGUGAGUUGUGUUUAGUCUUUUUGCGAAAGAAAUCAGGCAAAGUUAAAAAGAUGUUUGGUGGCUAGUGCUGUGGCUAGGACCCAUUAUGUACUGUUGAUGAAGUUAGGUGCUGUUCUGAGCAUUAUUUGUGGCUAUAGAGUGGUGUUUUGGUUGAGGUUUGAUUAUGGCUUCUCAGACCGCUGUGUAUUGUGUUCCUCAAUUAAUUUUACGCCGGAAUAUCCCUUUAAUAAAGUAAACACAUUAUCGAGCCUAUUUAUGUUAAUUAAUCAUUAUGUUUAUUUUAAUGAGUAGACUCUUACCAUAGCUCUCAGUAGGCAACAGGUAAAUAAAGGAAUUUAAGAUUAAAAAUGUUCUAAAAUCUAAGAAAUAAAUUUGAAAUGUAUAAAUCCAAAUAUAAAUUGUCAGGGCAGGCAAGUCAGCAGAUGGGAGGGUUAUUUCCAUAGAGAGUAGGGAGGGAAAUUUAUCAGGGAAAGUUCUGAGAAACCACCCAUCACCUGUUGCUGGGCAAACUCUAUGACACAGAUUCGUUUUGUGGUUGAGACACUGUGUGGGUAAAUUCAGAAAAAUUCUUACCAGACCUGUUAUGCCACAGAAAGUUGUUGUUCUCCAUGAGGACACAGGGUAAAGGAUUUACUCUGAACUACUUCCUGAAACAUCUUCUUGGUAUAAUGAAAGAAGAGAUGGACCCUCACCGCUGUCAUCUCGUGUCUUCCAUUACAAGACUUUACGUUAGCUUUAAUCUACUUGGUUGAUGGAGCUGAAACGACGUUCAAGGCCUACAGCUCAUGUAAAUUGGUGGCAGGGGGAAAUCACUCAGCUACAUCAGGAGAGUGAAGCUCAUCCAGAGUGAUCUCAGGGGACAGAAUGUGCCCUUGGUUGGCUCAACAUCUGAGUGAAACCUUGUGUUUGCAUAUGUGUGGGUGGAUUGGAGGGAUUAUAUGAGAUUAUGUGGGCGCAACUGGUAAACAGUGGAUAGUGGUCAGGUAAGGUGAUACCUCUACCCCCUUGUGGACGCUGGCUCUUUUAUUCUUGGUGAAUGUGCUCCGCUGAUUUCCCUCUCAAACACUCACUCACAUACCCACUGCAGCUGUGUUCAGCUCCUCUUAUAUCUGGUGAUGAUUGUAAUCUUAUUCUGAGCCAGAAUCAAUAGUAUAAGAGUGGAUUGUUUUCUGGAAACCUCUGACUACUUGUCCCUUAAAGCACAACACCUGCAAGUUUUACAUUUUGAUCACUUUCUUUGUCACGGAUAAACCAGAACUUAAACCAAAACCUGCAUUGAAACCAGAUAUUUGGCUAUGUUCAGUCCUGUUUCUGGUGUCUUUGUCCCUUUUUCUAUCAAUGCGUAGAAAUACCCAUGUGUAGUCCGACGUCACACCUGUCUCUUGUGUUUUGAAACUCCCCUGAAUCUACUUCCUGUAUAUCUCCCUCUGUGUCUUUUUGGUACUUUUUGUCUCAUCCCAUCAGCAGAACUGUGGCCAGUUUCUCCCUCUGCCCCCUCCCCGCCCUCUCCUCCUUCCCACCAGCCGAACAGUCGCUCUCUAUCCUCCUCCCAGAUCCCAUAAUGAGAGUUGUUAGCGAGUCGGUGGCAUCUCUGCUGUCACAUGGCAGGCAGCUGCCCUCAGAAGUAGGUCACAUGGUUAGGUGGGUAACCAGAGCAGGCAGCAGUAGAGCAUGGGGCGUUCGGGAGGAGCAGGAGCAUUUUGUAAACACAUGAUACCAAGAGAUCCAGAGGAAUCGAAAGGACACUGUUUAUGAUGUCAUUAAAUGCUAUGUUAUUUUAGUCUGAAGAGUUUAGUACUCUCCUCUGUAAUUGUUGCUUUCUGCAGGUCCAAGGUACAAUCUGAGGAUGUGAUUAUUUUAUGGUUUGGCUCCUUAAAUUAAGACGUAAUUUUAGUCAGAAGUUAGAAGUGAAUGUUCCAAAACUCAAACCUGGUUUUCAGCAGUUUGAAGUUGACAGGUGAGCUUGAAAAGAAGCUCGCGGUACGCUCCUUUGAAGGCACAGUUCCUCCUUGUGUUUGCAUGUCACUGAAGGCCGCUUUGUUCCUCGCUCUUCAUCACUGUAGUUAUUUGCCUUGGUGGUGUUCGCCUGCAUCACGACAGAGGGAUACAUCAACUCUCCCUACAGUGCUGAGGCGAAGUGCAUCUUCAACCAGAAUGACUCAGCGUGCCAUUACGCUGUCGGCAUUGGGGUGAUAGCCUUCCUGGCGUGUGUGGCCUUCCUGGUGCUGGAUGUCUACGUGCCUUACAUGAGCAACGCACAGGAGAGGAAAUAUGCUGUCAUUGCAGAUUUGGGAUUCUCAGGUGAGGUGGACUUUGAAUGAUUUCUUUGUUUCUUUUGUUUUAAAGUUGCCGACUGCCCCGCUCUCCCUCCAUCCAAGAGCAAUUUUAGAAAUUGUUCUCCUCAUCCAUCAAGCACACGCAAACACGUGGAAAAAUAGGACCCAGGUUGAAAAAUACUAAAAUUACCCUUUUAGGAAGGACUUUCACAUCCACAUAAGAGCGGGUUCCCUUUCACAAAGACUGCCAUCUUGCUAUUGUAGCACAGAACCAGUACGCACUAGGCAUGGGUGAUUGGGUGAUGCCAUUCUGGCGAUAAAAAUAAAAUUCCCGAUAAAAAUAUUAUAAAUCUAUGUUUUUGACUCAUUCUGUCUUAUAAGACAAAUAAGACACCUAACCACAAGUUUGAGUGAUAGGUUAUGGAGAAAAACUAGUGAAACAUUUUCAACAUUUAUUAAAAACUCUUAUUGCACAGAGUGAGCAGAUCCACUGUCCGAUGUCAGGCAUAUCUGGUUGCGCUCAUCUAAACCUCAAUCUUGAAGGAAAUCCCUCAUGUGGAGCCUCGUUUAGCAACAAGCUGCUCAGAGACGUUUCCUUCACCACCUUCGGCCAUGUUUGUUUGUUUGUUAUUCUGAUCUGUGUGGUCCACGGCUCGCAGUUACGUCAUCAACUUGCAUUUAUCGCGUUUAACAUGAGAUGGCAACUGGAGGAAUUUUUCUGAUAAAUAGUAAACAAUAAUUUACCGCCCAUCCCUACCAUGCACAUGCAUAUUUUUGUAUUAAAUCAGUAGCUUUGCAACAUAACACUUACCAUGCAUCUCACGAGCUUUUCGGCCCAAAAAGCCACCAUUGCUUCCAAGUGGCGAUAUUUUUUUUGUAGGAUGGUAGAGGAAAGUCCCGCCUUCUUCGCCUCUGAUUGGCUAGAAAGCUGGAAACGUCAACACACGCUCAAGCCAAAGGAGGGCUGUCGGCUCUGUACAUCGAACAGAACAGUACAGAACAUCAUCGCACUUCUGAAUCUCCUAACCCUAACCCUACACACGAUGACGUUUCACAUCCAUUAGGAAUAACCAAGCGGAGCCCAGCACUUCCCCUACCAUCCUACAAAAAAAAAUCACUCCUAGGUGAGAGGGUUGAGCUGAGCAGCAUUUUCAUUAAAGUACCAGACUGAUGGAUAACCCAGUUAAAAAUAAGUUAGACGGUCCAGUUAAAAAAUCAGCUUGUAAUGUUCUGUUGAAGUUGGUAGAGACCAAAACAGAGUGAACAUUACCCCUCACGUUAGGCGGACACAUUUAACAUCAGUGCUUACAUUUUCCUACACCCUCUGUUUACGUCUGCAGCUCUGCACCCACAUUGUAUAGUUUCGAUUAUGUCUUCAAAAUAAACUAGAAGCCCAAAUAUACACGGAUGCUUCUUGAACAUUUUUUCUCCACUUCUCAGCCUUUUUCAGUUUUCUCCUCUCGGUGUGGACCCUUCAUACACAAAGCCUGAGUAUUGUUAUAAUGUAGGACAAACCUCUGCCUGUUUUCCUGACGUAACAACAUGUAUUAGUCACUGCGGAAUUGUGAGCAACGAGUGGGGGGAGGUCUAGGGAUGACGUCACAGAUCGAGAUGAAAUUUAGCAUUCAUCAGCUGGUCAUGACACAGUUAACAGUCAGCCAUUCUUUCAGAAAACAAUGGCGGGGUCGUUGGAAAAACAGCUUGUGGUCAUUUGAACAGAUGGCAACAAAUCUCAGUCUGUUUUUACUUCAUCCACCUUGUUUUUCUUCUUUGUGUGUGUGUACAGUAGCCAACUUUUCACAUCAGAGUUUUGAAUAACUUUUCCUGCAGUGAAAACAAUCCUUUAUAUCUGCAUGUGUGUUUGUGCAUCUGUGUCUCUGUAUGUUUUGCAGGGGCGUGGACCUUCCUGUGGUUUGUGUGUUUCUGCCUGUUGGCCAGUCAAUGGAGUAAAACACAUGAAAUCGGAGGAAUACCAAUGGAUGCUGCACGUGCCACUGUGGCCUUUUCAUUCUUCUCUAUAGCAACAUGGGUGAGCAAGAUCUUCUUUAUGAUUAACAGCCUUAGCCUUUUAAUUUACUGGUGACUUUUCAAGGGUGAUUGUGUACAGGACUUACCUGAUUUUCUGCCUGGAAAAUCAAAAGUUAGAUAUUAUUGUUUCUUGUUUCUUGUCAGUUCAAAUUCAGUUCAUUUACGUUCACUAAGACAAAUCAAUUUAUUGCAAUAGUCCGACUGAAACUGGACUUUUAAAAUACUGAACUGACAAUGACUGAAAUCAGACUUCUCAUAGUUGGACUUGGAUACCUGGAUAAUCAGAAUCAGAACCAGCUUUAUUGGUCAAGUAUGUGAACAAAUGAAGGGAAUUUGACUGCUGUAAACUUUGCCAACUAUGUACAAACAUUAAACAUGAAAUGAAGUUAUUUACAAGCAGUACAUGGAGUAGGAGACAGAUUUUCUCUGUCAUGUAUACAGCUCAAUCUGACGGAAACUGGCCUAAGCGUUCUGCACACGCUCCAGUGUUUGCAUACCAGGCUCUGAGCUGGUGGUUGAGUAGCCUGGAUGUGUUGCUAGGGAGCAGGGUAGUAAACAGAACCUCAAACCUCAAACAAAAAUUGUGCUCCCAUUAGCUUCUUGCUAACACGCUUUGUCGGCUGUUUUGAUCUGUUACACAUCAACCAGCUGAAAUAGGGAUUUAACACCCACUCUAGUCUAGGACCAGGACAGUAGUCCAGUUAAUUCGCCUAAUCGAGCUUUGACUGUAGCCUGACUUAACUGUGCAUAUAAACUAGUGACUGAAUCUACUGCCUAGAGAUGAUUGAGUAAGAAUCAGUUAAAGUAACUUUCAAAGACAAGGAUAAACCAACUCCUCCUGUGGUUCUCACCUGGUGGGUCAGAACCAUAGACUGUAUAUAGAAUGGACGCCGUCUGUCUCCUCGCUGGGUGAAGCCACUCCCAGAACAGCCCCCUCUGGUGACAGGCUGCAGUAUAGGUCAUAAAUCCCGCCUCCGCCAGCCAACCUUAUGAGGCUGUGGACAAAAUUAAGAAAUUUAUUACACAGAAUAUACAUUUUUCUCCCCCCUGCUUGUGGUGUUGACAUGUAGUUACUGUAAGACUGAUUUGUACAACGCUACUGCGCAAUGUUGGUUUUAGGAAGUGGAGGAAAAAAAGCAGAAUUACGGAGAGCUUUUUAGCUUUAAAUCUGUAUACUGGCGGAAGGCGGAACCAAGUUGUCCAUAGUAUAAACAGUCUAUGGUCAGAACCCAAAAGUAGGUUGCAGAGCUGUUUUCAGUGUGUUGGGUGUGUGCCUCAAUAAAAAGAUGUGUAACUGGAAGCGAUGCAUUACUUAUGAUGCAGUACACUUUCAAUCGUAUUGUAGUUAAUUACACUUUAACACUUUUGCGGGAUCCUGAUGUAUCAGUCCCAGCUGGGUACCUCCUUGUUUCAAACUAAGAAUUUUCAUAUUCAAUACCACUGAUUGUAGAGACUGGACAGCAUGCCUUAAUUCUACCUGUUAAGUAAUUUGACAACUGCUAUAUUGUGUGCAUCCUUGACUGUUUUAUCAAGUCUGUUUUUUUUGUUGUUCAUUGUACAGGGAAUCCUGACCUACUUUGCUCUGGGCCGUUUCCGCCGAGGUGUAAAUGAAGUCACCGUACCGACUUACGCGGAGCCACCACCAGAUCACCACACACCUUACCCUCCAACCUACGCCCCCACCUCCUAUAACCCCACCACUUACACCCCCACCACGUACUCAGCCUAUCCUAGCAGCAUACCCGACAUGCACCCUCAGCCUUCCUUCCCCCCACAGCAUCAGCCCCAGGAAGACAUUGGCUACCAGCCGCCAAACUACUGAGACAAAGGGAGUUCACAUGUCGAGGAGGUGUUCCGGGUCAUCUGACGGUGGACCGACUGCAGGUGCACUGCACAGAUCCAGAUUCAUAUCAUAUUGAUGUGGUUUUAGGUUUGAUUCGACUCAUUUAUUUUAAUGUGUCGAAUCAAACCAAACGAACCUGAGCAGUGCACCUGCAAGUCAAAGAUGAGGGACACACUGACACAAGAGUCUGUUCAGAGCCAAGACAGCAGGCUGACUGUUGAGAUAAGCUCUGAUGAUUGGGUAAUCUGACUUUAGACCUUUGGUGCAAAGAUGCAACUUUUACCUCGAAGCAGCUUACCCUCAAGGGGAGAGGUGGUUGGAAUGUAAGCAGGAGUUCAAAGGUCACGUUAUGUGCUGUUAUGAAGAAAACCUGUGAAAGCACCAAUCAGAGGGGAGGAUUCCAGCGCUUCACGUUCUCCUUUUUGCUCUCUGUUGGGAGACCUGAGAAUGUGCAUUUGUACAUAGAUCCUACCCUUCAAAGCUGCCAUUUUGAUGGUUGUAUGUGCCAGAUUUUCAGUUUGCUUUUGAUUUAGUGAACUCUUCUUCUCCAGGGUAUUUAAUUUGAGGACCUACAAAAAGAUAAAGAGUUGGGGUACCGUGGAAAAAUACCACUACUAGCCAAAUGUUCUGUUGUGAUUUUUUUGUGUGUGUGUAAAGUAGGCCCUGUAAAGAUAAUUCAGUUCAGUUUGUUAUCCUUAAAACAUUAAACUAGCCGAGCUUUUCAAUAUUUGUGCCACAGAAAGAUGACUGUUAAUUCAACAAGCUUUUUUUAAAGACCCCUCUAAACAUCUGUUUGAGUUGAAGACCAUAAAAGUCUUCUCAUGCCUUUUUAUUUUUUUUAAAUUUACUUUUUUUUUGCUGGUAAAACUGGGUUGAAUUUGCCAAUCUGCAGAGGUGUCAAUGUAUUCAGUGUUGCCCAUGAGUCUGAGAUAGACAGAAGGGAGGGGCGUGUAGAAAACUGCACUUACUGAACAGGUUUAUCCACCGAGUGUGAGCACAUACUGAAGAGUCAUUUAUUAACAGCCAACGACGACAGCUCACUGCAACAGAGCGGCCGUAGGUUUCCUGCCAGGCCUCUGUGACUUUAAUUCUAGUAACGCUGAUGUGUAUCUCCUGUUUACAGGCACACUGAUCUUAACUGCUGAAGGCUGUUUGCAGCUGUGUUUUCACAGAUGACAGGUUAACACCUCGGCCUACGAUGGUGACAUUCAAAAAGCAUGUCCUACUGGUUUACUUUGUCGCAUUGUGACUGAGUUUAACACCUCAACAGUCUUGCCUUGAAAUAAGUGUGGGUGUUCAAGAUAUCGCUAGGGUUAGGGUGAAGUUAAAUCUGUGAAAAAAGACCAGACUUUGAAUGUAGUUCUAUUUAUUUUAAUGCCAUCAUUGUGGAUUCACACCGAGAACAGUUUGACAACACUGCUAAGAGAAAAAUGUGUGAAGUUCAUGAAAAGCACUUCUGUUGAUUUGUUGUGGAGAGACAUGAUGACUUGGAGGGAGGAGAAAUCUAAUUUUCUGUUAAAGCACUGGGGUUAUAUUCAAGUCAAACAGCUGUUUACUGCUGCUGUGCCUGAUGAUCUGAGUAAGUCGAGUUUCAUGCUUUGGCAAAUCAGUUACAUCUGCCCUUCGGUUAACAUUAAAUGUAUUGUAUGCCUUUGCCUCUGAGAAUGCAGCUUCUAAACACUCAAUGACUCGACUGUUUUUCUUAACUUCUCGCUUGCCUGUGGGUGUUGGAGCUUUUGCAAAGUACUACAGAAAGAUAGAAUUCAAUAAGCCUUAAUGUAAAGUUACAUCAUGAUUUGUGAUGCCUACAAAUAUUUGACAAAAACAGGCACUAAAUACUGUCCGGCUUUAUUUUCCCCCUUUAUCUAGAGUGGUUUUAUGAGUCAAGUCUGGACUUUAACCUGCUUUCACCUUCUGUCAUGAUUUCAUGUCAUCAUCAGGCACAAUUUACUUGAGAUCUUUGUUUAUAGAAUAAAAACAUUGACCAGAUCUUUGCUUGUUUUGAGAUUAUUAUUGUACUGAUGCAACACAGGUUUUAUAUAGUAGGAGUAUACUUUUCCAUCCCAUCCUGCCAGCCAACAGCACACACAUCCUUGGAGUCUGCCAGGUUAUUUUGGUCUUCUGUAGUAUGUGAGGGCAUAAGGUUACAUCCCUCCGUCAGUGCACUGAUUUAAAACGUACAGGAUUAUAAAUAAGGUGUGACCGUCUAACCCUAACAUGACAAGCUACAAACAAUAUUUUAAAUGUAUAGAACAUAUUGUUUAAGAUAUCCUUCCUUAUCUGCCUUAACUGAGUCAUAUUAAUGUGAUAAAACAAAGAGAGAUUCAAAGUUGUUUAUCAAAUCCAUUUAGAAAAGACCAGACUUUGAAUGUAGUUCUAUUUAUUUUAAUGCCAUCAUUGUGUUGGUUCACCCCUUAGAGGGUUAUCGGGUGCAACACUGUAUCCCAUAAAAACACAAAAUAUCAAAUCUACACAAAGAUGCUCUGCUCAACAUCAUAAAGUCUUAUUUAGUGCUCAGAGGUGAAGGGAGGAGAAA